GUUCAUAGUACGCGUUUAGUCUGCAAACAUCGUUCUGUAGAGUUGUUGAGCUUGGGCUGUCAAGUGUAGUAAGGAUGCCACCCAAGAGGAAAGCAGCUGGGGCAACCAAAGCUGGUGGGAAAAAGGCAAAGGCUGACCCUACACCUGGACCAUCCACUGUACAAGAUGCAAUCGCCUCUCUGAAGACUGCUGAUGCUGGGAAAGCAAAGAAAUUUAAACCUGAUAGUUACUUUCCUAUCACAGGAUGUUCAGUGUAUAGUGACUAUGAUUGUAUGCUAAACCAGACAAAUAUUGGACACAACAACAACAAGUACUAUGUGAUUCAGGUCCUGCAGCAAGGGGCCAAUUAUUAUGCCUGGAACAGAUGGGGACGAGUGGGAGAACCUGGAACUAAUGCCUUAAAGGGGCCAUUUACAGAUGUUACCAAAGCAACAGCUGAUUUUGAAAAGAAGUUUUCAGAUAAAACAAAGAACAAAUGGGCAAACCGAGGGAGUUUCAAAGCAGCUCCAGGAAAAUACACUCUAAUAGAAAUGGCAGGGGAUGAUGAUGAUGAUGAGGACGAGGUGGAUGCGCCAUUGGUACCAGUGGUCAGCGGUCCUACUGCCCCUUGUACAUUGGAUACUGCUACCCAGAUGCUGAUGAAACUCAUAUUUGACCAAGACAUGUUUAAGGAAGCCAUGGUGAAGUUUGAUAUUGACGUAAAGAAGAUGCCCCUUGGAAAGUUGAGUAAGGCCCAGAUUGCCAAGGGAUUUGAUUGCCUUGAGGAAAUUGAGGCUAGCAUCAAGGCUAAGAAGCCCCAAAAUACUUUGGCAGCUCUAUCCUCUAAGUUUUACACACUGAUUCCUCACAACUUUGGUCGCAAAAUCCCACCAACAAUCGCUUCCCUGGAGACUAUUCGUCAAAAGAUGGACAUGCUCCUGGUGUUAGGAGAUAUUGAGAUAGCACAAAGUCUCCAGAAGAAUACAAGAUCAUCCAGUAAGAAUGCUGGAAAGGAGCCUCAUCCGCUUGAUGUCAACUAUGGCUUACUUAAAUGUCAGCUGGACCUUUUAGACAAGAAAUCACAGGAAUACAAGGUCCUUGAGACGUACACAAACAAUACACGCAAUACAGGCUGGAGACGGACCAAUAUCAAACACAUAUGGCGUAUGGACCGAGAUGGAGAGGGUGAUCGUUUCAUGGCACAUGACAAGAUAACUAAUCGUAAACUGCUGUGGCAUGGAACCAAUGUUGCUGUAGUGGCAGCCAUAUGUAAAGGUGGACUUCGGAUAAUGCCACACAGUGGUGGGCGUGUUGGGAGUGGCAUCUACUUUGCUUCAGAGAACAGCAAGUCUGCUGGCUAUGUCCGACCUGCUGGUAACAUAGGUAUAAUGUUUCUGGAUGAGGUUGCCCUUGGUGAGGAACACCACAUUCUCACAGAUGAUUGGACACUCAAGUCUGCACCAGCUGGGUAUGACUGUAUCAUAGCCAAGGGUCACACAGAGCCAGAUCCUAAGAAAGAUACGACAUUGACUCUAGAUGGAAAGAAAGUGAUAGUGCCCCAGGGUAGGCCGAUCCAACAGAAGGCAUCUUCUACUUCUAGUUUUUCUCAGAGUGAAUACCUGGUCUACAAGGAGAGCCAGAACCGCUUGCGGUACCUGUUGAUGGUAGAAUUUUAGAAGGAAUGUUCUAAAUGUUUUUGAAAAAUUUAUAGACAGGAACAUUCUACCUAUUGGUGGUACAGUUAUAGACAGGGACAUUCUAUCUGUUGGUACAGUUAUAGACAGGGACAUUCUAUCUGUUGGUGAUACAGUUAUAGACAGGGACAUUCUGUUGGUGAUACAGUUAUAGACAGGGACAUUCUAUCUGUUGGUGAUACAGUUACAGACAGGGACAUUCUAUCUGUUGGUGAUACAGUUAUAGACAGGGACAUUCUAUCUGUUGGUGAUACAGUUAUAGACAGGGACAUUCUAUCUGUUGGUACAGUUAUAGACAGGGACAUUCUAUCUGUUGGUGAUACAGUUACAGACAGGGACAUUCUAUCUGUUGGUACAGUUACAGACAGGGACAUUCUAUCUGUUGGUGAUACAGUUAUAGACAGGGACAUUCUAUCUGUUGGUGAUACAGUUACAGACAGGGACAUUCUAUCUGUUGGUGAUACAGUUACAGACAGGGACAUUCUAUCUGUUGGUGAUAGUUAUAGACAGGGACAUUCUAUCUGUUGGUGAUACAGUUAUAGACAGGGACAUUCUAUCUGUUGGUGGUACAGUUACAGACAGGGACAUUCUAUCUGUUGGUACAGUUACAGACAGGGACAUUCUAUCUGUUGGUGAUACAGUUAUAGACAGGGACAUUCUAUCUGUUGGUGAUACAGUUACAGACAGGGACAUUCUAUCUGUUGGUGAUAGUUACAGACAGGGACAUUCUAUCUGUUGGUGAUACAGUUAUAGACAGGGACAUUCUAUCUGUUGGUGGUACAGUUACAGACAGGGACAUUCUAUCUGUUGGUGACAGUUACAGACAGGGACAUUCUAUCUGUUGGUGGUACAGUUAUAGACAGGGACAUUCUAUCUGUUGGUGAUACAGUUACAGACAGGGACAUUCUAUCUGUUGGUACAGUUAUAGACAGGGACAUUCUAUCUGUUGGUGAUACAGUUAUAGACAGGGACAUUCUAUCUGUUGGUGAUACAGUUAUAGACAGGGACAUUCUAUCUGUUGGUGAUAGUUAUAGACAGGGACAUUCUAUCUGUUGGUGAUAGUUAUAGACAGGGACAUUCUAUCUGUUGGUGACAGUUAUAGACAGGGACAUUCUAUCUGUUGGUGAUACAGUUACAGACAGGGACAUUCUAUCUGUUGGUGAUACAGUUACAGACAGGGACAUUCUAUCUGUUGGUGAUACAGUUAUAGACAGGGACAUUCUAUCUGUUGGUGACAGUUAUAGACAGGGACAUUCUAUCUGUUGGUGAUACAGUUACAGACAGGGACAUUCUAUCUGUUGGUGACAGUUAUAGACAGGGACAUUCUAUCUGUUGGUGGUACAGUUAUAGACAGGGACAUUCUAUCUGUUGGUGAUACAGUUAUAGACAGGGACAUUCUAUCUGUUGGUGGUACAGUUAUAGACAGGGACAUUCUAUCUGUUGGUGACAGUUAUAGACAGGGACAUUCUAUCUGUUGGUGAUAGUUAUAGACAGGGACAUUCUAUCUGUUGGUACAGUUAUAGACAGGGACAUUCUAUCUGUUGGUACAGUUAUAGACAGGGACAUUCUAUCUGUUGGUGAUAGUUAUAGACAGGGACAUUCUAUCUGUUGGUGACAGUUAUAGACAGGGACAUUCUAUCUGUUGGUGGUACAGUUAUAGACAGGGACAUUCUAUCUGUUGGUGAUAGUUAUAGACAGGGACAUUCUAUCUGUUAGGUACAGUUAUAAACAGGGACAUUCUAUCUGUUGGUGAUACAGUUAUAGACAGGGACAUUCUAUCUGUUGGUGGUACAGUUACAGACAGGGACAUUCUAUCUGUUGGUGAUACAGUUAUAGACAGGGACAUUCUAUCUGUUGGUGAUACAGUUAUAAACAGGGACAUUCUAUCUGUUGGUGGUACAGUUAUAGACAGGGACAUUCUAUCUGUUGGUGGUACAGUUACAGACACGGACAUUCUAUCUGUUGGUGAUACAGUUAUAGACAGGGACAUUCUAUCUGUUGGUGAUACAGUUA